AGACAAAUAUAUAUUUUUAUCUUAUCAUCUCCUUCCCAGAACAACGGACGAAAAAACACUAAAAAGGACAACCAAUUCUAUACAAACAAUUAAAAAAGAAGUAAAAAGAACUAAAAGCCAUGAAAAUGUAUAAAUGUAAUAAUUACGAAUUGCGGGAUGUGACUGGUGUCAAUUCCACUAAGAAACUGAUCCGUUGUCGUUCGUUUCAUUUUCGGUACCUGGAAUUAUGUCGUGCCAAGAAUCUCUCCCCUUUGCCAGAUAUUAAGUCCAAGAAUAAUUGCACCACCAUUCUCGAUAUCUUUGGUGAUAAAUUGUGUGUCAACGAUUGGUUGUUGGUUGUGGAAGCAUUGUUCAAUGACCAAGUGUUGCAAACAUUGGCCAUACGCAUGCGCAAAACAUUCCCCAAUGUUUUGCAACAAUUGGACACCGAAAAGAAAGCCAAGUUAUUUCGACAAAAACCCGUACUGUUCACCAAAUUCGUAUUCUCUGGUGUGGUGGAGGCAGUAUCGAAUUGCAUUGAGUUCAGUAAGAAUUUGCGGGUACUAAACCUAGAAGGGUUACCCUUGAAUGGCAUAUAUGCGGAAACUGUAGGGAAGGCCAUCUCGUCGAAUCGUGGGCUACAGGACAUAAGCUUCCAACGAUCGAAUAUCGGUGACAAAGGAUGUGAGGCCAUAUGCAAUGCCAUCAAAUAUUUGGAAAAUGUGAAAAAGUUAAAUUUAUCCGAAUGUGGUUUAACCCCAAAGGGAGCAGACUUUGUGGCUAAUAUGAUAAAAAUUCAGAAAAUCACUCGCUUUACAGAUAGUUGGCAAAAUUCGUUGCGUUAUCGUAAUGUGGAUACUGACAAAAUGCCAGGACUGAGAUCUCUUACACUGGCUCGCAAUCACCAAAUAGGAGAUGAGGGUCUUAAGACCAUUGUGGAAGAGCUAAAGGAAAAUGUUUGGAUUAAAUUCAUUGAUAUGGAGAAUUGUGGUCUAACCGAUAGGGGCGCCAAUAUGAUCCUCGAUUGCCUGGAGAUGAACAAUGAUAUAGUGGAUUUCAGCGUUCGCAAUAACACAGAUAUGAGUAAAUUCAUGCAACGCACUAUACGUGAAAAAUUGGGCAAAGUGGAUGAGGAUCAGCAGUUGAUGUCAGAGCAACAAGAGGACCUAGUACCAGGACCCAAUGGCACCAUGAUAAAAGUACGCAAGCAGACUGUGGCCGCUCUCGAUGAGCAAUUGAAAAGACUACAAGACAAAUUGGCCUUUGAAAGGGUGUUGAGGAAAAAGGCCGAUGCUCUGAAUGCUAAACUCAAUCAACAGUUGCUAGCCUAUGAGGCACAAUUGCAGAAAGAAAUCCAAUCGAAUAUUCCCGAGGGCUUUAUUCUAGUCAGAGAUGAGUCAUUGCAAUCCAUUAUAACAGAACGAAAUAAUUUCCAAAAACUGGCCUGCAGCGUUGUGGUUAGCGAGGAUGAAUUAACGCCUGCUCAGGAUAUGUCGAGCUCUGAAACCUCAUCUCAGAAUUGCGUAUCGAAUUUGUCUACAAUACCAGAAAGCGUGAUAGGCGAGGUCCCUCCAAAUAGUUGCUUGUCUCGUCAACGAAAACCACAUAAAGUUCGCAAAGUGAAGAGUGCAACAAAAUACACUGAACCUCCAUCAAAGGGUCCAGCUAAGAAGAAGAUCUCCAAAUCCGAUCAGGAAUUCUCCAAUGAAAGUGAUGGUUAUAUGGCAAUAACAGGGUACAUUGAAAGUAACGUGGGAGACACACUGUCCAAUAACACCAAUUGGUCCACCAAUACGGCCUCCACUGUCAUCAAUACUCGUUUACAAUUGCAAAAUUCAAAAUACCCCAAUGUCCCUCCACACAAUUCGGAGAUAGAUGGUUUGUCAAUGAGUACCCCAAGCAGUGUGAGGAGUGAUGUUAAUGAUUCCACAGAUUUGGAUACUUUGCGUCAUGAGAUAGAUAAUCAACCAAUGAAGUUAUUCCUGCGACGCCGUGAACAAAAGGCAACAUUGCCUUUGACUCCCAUGCCAGAGAAAAAGGAAAGAAAACAAAAGAACAGAGAAAAGUCGCCACGUUCUUUGUUUUUUGGAUUCGGUGAUGAUUAAGAAAUGAUUAGGGGUAGGUUGCCACUUUUUGUCUUAAAUUUUUAUGUGAUUGUUUGUUGUAACACUACCAGGCUCUGUUAAUUCAAAUUUAUCCAGGUUGUCCUCAUUUAAAUAUGUAUUUUCUUCUGUUUACUUUUAUUAAAAAAAAAAAAUUAGGAAAAUUAUAUGCUCGUCUA